CUCAUUGUUAUAUGCUUCAUUCCUCCUACUGUGUUUGCAGUUGCAAUUUUGUGUCAGUUUCAUUUCGGAGUUGGGAGGAGGCGCAGUACCUCCUUGAGUUUUAUUAAUAUACAUUUUAAAAUAAACACGCACCGAUAUAUACCGUCUUUCAGAGAAUCUGUGGGAUUUUAGCUUCGAAGAAACCAAAGCUAAACCUUCAUCAUAAAAGAACCUACAGUGGAAGACCAAAUCUAACCUGAUCUGAAAGAGAAACGAAGCAUCUAAAGAGAGAAGAUGCUGUUACACUUUUUCCUGGGGUUCUUUGCUUUGCCUCUUCUGCAAGUUGAAGGCAGGCGUCCAGAAAUGAUCACCGUUAACAAUAACAACAACGGAAAUUCCUUGGACAAUGACAAAUGGUUGAGCACCGUCUCCCAAUAUGACAAGGACAGAUACUGGAACAAAUUUCGUGAUGAAGUGGAGGAUGACUAUUUCAAAAACUGGAGCCCCAGCAAGCCAUUUGACCAAGAGCUGGACUUCAAAGCUGGGAGGGAAGGAGAAACUGUUCGCACAACCAGGGCUGGUUCAGCAAAAUGGAAACCCGAGGAAGGGAGAGCUCUAGAUGCCACAAAAGACCCCUGCUUGAAAGUAAAGUGCCCUCCUCAUAAGGUGUGCAUGACCCAUGACUACCAAACAGCCAUCUGCAUCAACCACAAUCAGCUUGUGCACAGCCUUCAAUUUAAGAGAGGAAACCUGGCUCAUAAACACUGGAUGGGAGCUGGAAACCUAGCCAAGUGCAAGCCCUGCCCAGAGUCUCACUCCAGCCCUGUGUGUGGCUCUGACGGGCACACAUACUCCUCCAAGUGUAAACUGGAGUUCCAGACUUGUUCGUCUGGGAGGACAAUGUCUUUGAAAUGUGAGGGACCCUGCCCCUGUCUGCCUGGCCAAGAGAUAGUCAGACCCAAGAGUGAGAAGAACGCUUGCAAUGACCGGGAGCUGAGGAACUUGGCCUCCAGGCUGAAGGACUGGUUUGGUGCUCUCCAUCAAGAUGCCAAUAGAGAUGUGAAACCCACAGCAAGCUCAGAUUCAGCAACAGGCCGGUUUGACACCAGCAUCCUCCCCAUUUGCAAGGACUCACUGGGUUGGAUGUUCAACAAGCUGGACAUGAACUAUGACCUCCUGCUUGACCAGAAUGAGUUGAGCGGCAUCUACCUGGACAAGUACGAGAAAUGCAUGAAACCACUGUUCAACUCCUGUGACUCCUUCAAGGAUGGGAAGCUGUCCAACAACGAGUGGUGCUACUGCUUCCAGAAGCCAGAUGGACUCCCAUGUCAGAAUGAAAUUAGUAGGAUUCAAAAUCAGAGCAGACUGACAACUCUUGUAGGCGUUUUCAUCCCAAGAUGCAAUGAGGAAGGCUAUUACAAGUCCACCCAGUGCCAUGGUAGCACUGGGCAGUGCUGGUGUGUGGAUAAAUACGGCAAUGAGAUUGCAGGAUCCAGGAAACACGGAAAUCCCACUUGUGAGGAGGACCAGGAGACCUCUGGUGAUUUUGGCAGCGGUGGCGCAGUGGUUCUACUGGACGACCAGGAAGAAGAUCGGGAGCAAGCUGAACAGCAGAAGGAGCAUAAGGUCAGAGUUCACCCGAGAGGCGCCAUUGAAGAUGACGAGGAUGAGGAGGAUGACAAGGACGAUGAGGUUGGCUACAUCUGGUAGUUGUCCGACGGCUUGCCAGGGACUCAUUGAUUACGCAGAUUUUAAACCAUUCCACCUCUCCUUCUUUCUCAUACAAUGAACAAAAACUGAAACACCAAGUAGAAAAACACCCCCCUGUCCCUAUUCAUUCAACUGCCUAUCACUCUAGCAGUGUCCAGUGUAUUCUUUACGUUGGUUCUUAAGUUUCCACCACAAUCCCUGAAUCCAUUGGUUUGAAAGUCUCAGAAGCCUUAAGGCACUGAAGGAGUUCAAAGUGUUCAAGCUGUUGUGAAAGCAGACAUGAUGAAGUUUACUGGCCAGAUAUAUCUGGAGAUAAAUUCUUCUGACAUUACUGUAACGUGACCUCUAAGGUGUGGGUAGUCUUUACAGAGGUGAGGCAUGACAAUUGAUAUUAUCUUGUACAGAAAGAAGAGGCCUGUUUGGUUCAUAAUGAUGCCAUGCCCAGGUUGGCAACUUGAGUCCACCAGAUACUGUUUUAAUGCAUUUGAUUUGGGGCUAACUAUGCCCUUCAUUUAGUUGAAAUACUGUAAAGUAUCCUGUAGAGGAAUCAACUCACAGAGAUCGCAUCUACAUAUUAAUUGAAAGUACUGCUUUUUAACCAUGUCUACUUUCUAACUUAGCACAUUUUUCCCUGUAAAAUAGUCUAUAUAAACAGUUUUGAUUUAAACUUUGCUGUAAAUGUUGCACAAACCUAGUGAUAUAACUCAAUGAACAGGCAUACAGGAGGUACAGUAGACCUAGCACAAAGCCUUGACAUGCCAUGUACUAUUACUGUACCUAAAUGCUAGCAGUGAACACAGACAAGAGUUUAAUGUGGUGUUUGUCUUUUCUUUAUUCCUAAUUGAAAAUGAAAUAGAGAAGAGGGUAUUUAGUCAGUCCACUCAGUUCCUCUGGGAAACGAAUGCAUCUUAUAUAUUAAAACAAAACACAGAGCCAGUGAAUGAAAAAGGCAUGAUGUCAAGUAUGACAAAUAUAUAAGCUUGUCCAUGUUUUUUUUUUUUUUUUUAUAGCAACGUUGAAUAGUAUCAAUGGAAACACGGGAAACAAUACUGAUGACAUUGGAUUGGUGUGAUAUUCAGUUUAACACAAUUGAAAUAAAACUAGAUUGCUCUGCCUUACCAAACUUUCCUGAUAUUAAGGUGGACUAGUCCAAAUAUACAUCACAGACAAAAUAUCUCCUCUGGUAAAUUCUUGAAAGGGGCAAACACUGGGUGUAAUAUAACGUGUAACUUCUCAGAAAUAUAGUUUGCACAUGUGAUCUGAGUUAACAUUAGGAACAUAACUGCUAACAAGAGAAUCUAAUGCUCAAGAACAUACAAGCAAAAUACUAUAAUUAAUAUAUCACAGAAUAAAAGUCUGUACAUCACCAUUUAACAUGAAUACAUUUCAUAUUGCCUUCCUUUUAAUGUACUUCAUAGAAAGCCAGAAAUGAAUGUAUUAUUAUUCAGAGUGUGCCGCAACCUGUAACCCUGUAUGUGACCCUCCAGCUGUAAAGAAAGAGAACAGUGGAUAGGGCAGAGUGAAGAUGGUUAGACCAGGUUAUGUGUCUUCCCUAUGUAGUAUUGUCAAUUACUGAUGCAUCAAUUGUUGUCUUGCAAUAUUUAAAUCACCACUUCACACAAAAAUAUUAAAACCAUAGUUCAGGUCAACACAGUGCUAAUCGAAAGCAGUUUGCUUAAGUCCAUUUAAUCACAUGCUGUAUACUAUUGUAUUAUUCAUGUUUUAUAGGUAUUUGAAUUCUAUGGUCAAGAUGUUGCUGUUGUUCAAAAUAGAGGGUUUAACGUAUUCAAGCAACGUGCAUUCUUACCCCCUAUCCUUUUGGGUCAGAACAGUUAGGGAAUCUCUUAGUUUUAAGAGUUUUGAACAAAUUGUGUUUGUCCUCUAUUGUCGUACUUUGCCUUGAAUAUCGGGGCACUAUUGAUGCCCAAAUAGUGAUGUGUCUUAUGUAUUUAAAGGUAAAAACAUGAUCAUUUUAUACUUCACAGGAAAUACUAAGUGUGUAGAUCUUUACAAGAUUGUCAAAUGAAAUACAGGCAGAACACAUUUGAAAUAGUAUGAGCAAGACUUGGUAAGUUUUCUUUUUAUUUAAACAAUUAAAUGUAUGUUGUUUAAAAACAUGCCAAUACACACAUAAUAUGCAAAUAAACAGAACAUAUUUAAAUGCCUUGAGCAUGACUUGGUAAGAUCAUUUCCCCCUGUAGCAAACAGGCUUAUUUAGAGCAGCUAAAGAGCUCAUGAAUAUGUAUUUAAAUCAAUCACUGUGUCAUUUAUUUAUUUAUUUAUUUUUAAACUGAAUUUUAUAAAAUUAGGUUGUUAUGUUAAAAAGUAACAUUUUCCAGUGCCACCUGUUCAAAACCAUUCCACAACUGCAAAUCUGUCAAAUAAACAACAAUGCUGCUAUGAGCCAUUACACUGUCAUAUUGAUUUGCUAAUCAACAACUGGUUCAUUCCAUUGGCAAUUCUGUCUAAUCUAUAUGCAUUGCAUUUUAUAUAUACUGUAGUGCUGCCAAAAUAGUCACAUUUCCACUAGUACAAAAGUUUUGAUCACUUUUUAAAGGAUGAACUCUGUUGUACAGUCUAGGGAGCCCACAAUUGCAGUGUGUUAGCUGCAAUCACAGUGACAGUGACUAGACAGGGAUUUUAAAUAACCAGUCAUGCUGUAGGAAAGCAGUUCUGCCUCUGCAACAGUUUCCCCUGUAGCUGGUUUUAGCUUAAUGUUAUCUUGUCAAACAUCUGCAAAGGUUACGCUUAACCAUCUAUAUAUGUCCCCAGAAGACUCUUCCUGGUCUUAAUCUUUCCCUAGCACUGCAAAAAAAAUCAGAUUUCUUUCACUUAAAUUCAAUUAUGAUGGAUUCUGGCGAGCUUUAAUUGCAUUGCUUUGGUUUUUUUCUGUUUUGGCUUUUCAUUUUAUUGUAGUGUAGCAAUUUCAUUCUUACACAUAUACACUUCUCCCAAACCGGGAUCAGACGUCCUCAAACUGUACUGCGGUUCAUAUGUGUGAAAUCUGUUGAUAUCUCACAUUUACUUCUAGCAAAUCAGAUUAGUGGCAUUUACAAAUGCAUUUAAAGAAUACAUCAGAAUUCAGAUAUCUGAUAACCUGUUAGAAACCUCACCACCAAAACCUGAAAUAUAUAAACCACAAGGAGAACAAAGGGACCCACUGUACUUUUAAGGAAUAAAGGGAACUAAAUUCUCCUGGGCAAAAUAUCUAAUUUGGCUUUAAAACCUAUUGACAGCCAUAGUUUGAAAAGGGCACUUCUCUCUGUCACUGCAGUUCCUGAUUGCAAAAGGUUUACACAUGUUGUAUAGAAGUGUAGCAUGUAAGUUUACCAGUUCUGUGUUGUCUUUCUUUCUUUCUUUCUUUUUGAAAUGUAAUACUGUAUUACACAUUAAUAAACUAUGUAAUGCACAAUGACACAAAUGGGCAUAUUUGCAAAGUUUUAUUUUAUUCAUUUUAUAUUUUUUACUUUGUAAAGAAAAAAAAACUGAAUAUGCCAUAUCUGGCUAUGUGGCUCUAUUUAUUUGCAUCAGAUGUGUUUAAGUUAGUAGUCUUCAGUGUAGCUAGGUCUAUUUAGAACUAGAAUAUUGUGAGUUUUUAAUUUUUUGUUUGUUUGUUUUUCUGCUGGAGUUAAAAUGGAAUGUUGAUGUUUUUGGCUGACCUGAUUUCAAUGUAUCUGUUCUAUUUUGUCUGUCUCAAUAAAUUAAGUCUGUCCACUAAAUUGUUGACAUUAUU